AUGUCGGAAGUAUUUAGAGUGCAUCCGCAAACUACGAGACCAACAACAGCAACAACAGCAAUAAAAAGUCCUUGCGCGACGCAUCACAAUUUCGAUCACGAUAUAUUAAACGGUUACGAAUGGAACAUAUCACGUGACGGUCCCUCGGAUCGUCUCCAUUAUAAAAUGCGAGAUUUUCGAGAAUUGUUCGAUCACGGAUCCGACGAAUAUCGUCCGGUUUAUCGUAGAGAUAAUAAAAAUUUCAUGCAUCGUUGCUCUGACGGUGCGAGAACGGAAAUCGCAGAUUCGAGAAUGUCACGUAAAGAUUUACCAUCGGCAGGACAAAUAAUAUGGGAUGAUAUUGGAGAAGGUGUAAUGGUUGAAAGUUUAUCGUGGUCUCAAAGUGACGUGGAAAGAGAAAUAGAAUCGUGGGACCAAAAAUUAAACGAAACAAAUAUAAAGUGCCAAAAAAGUGUAGCUUGGGACGAUGGCGACAUGAUUAGAUUUGAUGAUUCACGCGACGUUUAUUUACCCAGCAGAUCGGGUUCGAUUGGGUAUCACGACGACAGGUGGAAAAAUCCAAGAAAAUUAAAAGACGUACGUUCUUCGAGUUCUUUGCAAAGUUACGACAAACAAAUUUUCGGUGAAAGUCAGAAAGAUUUAAUAAAAACGUGUAAAAAAUUUAAAUGUGAUGAUAAUGUUGGUAAAAAUGUUAGCCUCGUUGAUAGUUCAGAUAUUGUUACGGGAGGACCGUUGAAAGAUAAUAAGAAAUUUCAUUUAAAUUCGUGA